AUGCACCAGGCCCGGCUGUUCGUCGUACGCCCGUGUCGUCUGAUCGCUCGUCGCCGCUAUCCCGCGUCUUCGUCCUCGCGCCGAUUCCAUCUAUCGCAACAAUGGCGGUCAGCUCCAUCCCAAGACCCUCAUGAUGGUUCAUCACCGCCAUCGGAUGCGCUCGAUAAUUGUCAAUCCCCGAAACUUGAAGACCUUGUCGCGAACAAAAGCCCAUUGCCCGCCGACGACCAGAAACCUGCCGCAAAGCCAUAUGGGUCUGCGUUGCGGAGAGCCAUGAGGAACCGCCAAUCGGAACAGGACAAACAGAAGCAACCGGUGGCUGCGAUUCCUAGCUGGUUCUCUGACCAGAACAUAGUCACUCGGGGUUCGGAGGGUGUUGUCCAGGCUCAACAAGUCGAAAUUACGAAGUCGAAACCGGUGCCCAGCCCAAACAACGCGGAGAAGGAACAAUCUCUAGCUGGAGGUGGUGGAAACAAUCCUGCUUCAUCCGGUGAACCUGCUGAAUCCGAUGAAGACAGCAGCUAUGCUGUGCCUGAAGAAAUUUGGAAUGAAUUGCGAGCGUCAGUCAAAGCGGGCCUGAGACUGCCGCCAGUGCAGUAUGCCAAAGAGCCAGCAGCGAAGAAGUCACAUAUCAUUCUUCAAUAUCCCGGAAAUGACGGAAUUCCGUUUUUGGAUAACGUGGUACGACAGCUGUCAAAUGACCUCGACACCGACCUAAUCACCCUCAGUGCACAAGAUAUUGCCCAGCUAUUCAGCGAGCAAGACCUUGCAGAGACUGGCACAACCACUUCCAUUCGAUCCCUCGGUUAUGAAGUUCAUCGUCCCCCGGUAGUGACUUGGCCAGAACCUAUAGAUGGAGAAGGUGACGGCGAGGAUGAUAUGAGUGAUAUUGCUGGGCCCCCGGGUGUGCGCACUGAGGUUAGCACCCCUAGGUUCAUCACUAUUGAGCCCAGCAAAGAUUCAGGUGAUGUACCGCUUCCAAACUGGCUUGGUCUGAAGUCAAUUGUGGCAUCCAUCAAUGGCCAAGGGGAUCAAGAAUCUGGUUCAUCGCGGCUCUUUGGCCCACGUAUAGAGCAGCGCUGGACCCGUUUGUUGAACGAAAUUAUAUCUUCUCUUGGUCGACCUGCAAAGCCUGCUUCCAAGGAAACAGAGGAUUCAGCUGAGCUGGACGUCGCUAUUCCUGUGCUUCCUCGUGACACCAUUGUCCACAUCCAGGAUUAUCGUGAUAUUCAAAGCCAGAGAGAGGGGUCUAGGGUCAUUUCGUUGCUGCAAAAGGUAAUUCAGGAACGGCGAGGAGCUGGUUCCAGAAUUAUUCUCAUUGGCAGUGUAUCCCAGGAGCUUCGUCAUGCUCCGUCACACGAUGGUAUCAAAAUUCUUCAAAAUGUCUUCGAUGACGGCUUUUCUAAAACAUUGGUGAUUACACCAUCCAUGGAAUUGAAGGCUGCUGAAAAGAAGUUUGCUCAAGACCAGAAGAAACGAACCAUGGAUAUUAACAUACGCCAUCUCCAAACUAUGUUGAAGUUCCGGCUCAAUGAGACUGCUUCGGCUGUUAAGGAUGAUAUUUUUAGCAACCGUGCCUGGUCGCUUGACCCAACAACAAUCAAACAAUCUGGUAUCAAGGAAAAGUUCUGGUCCUACAACCAAGUUCACUGGGUUGCAACAUUGGCACUGGGCAGUACAGAAGCUGGUGAAACUUUUGGCUUUGAACAUAUUCGACGUGGAAUUGAACUUAUGGACAAGGGGGAUCAAGUAACAAACGAUUGGUUACAGGCAAAGUCUCCCAAGGCGACAGAUGCUAGCAGUGGUCAGACUCGAGAGCAAUUGUUGAGCUCUUUGCGCAAGACAUGCACUUCUCACGAGAAGAAACUGCUCAACGGUGUGGUAGACGCAAAAAGCAUCCGAACCACAUUCAACGAUGUUCAGGUCCCGCCUGAGACUAUUGAUGCACUGAAAACCCUUACUUCUCUCUCGCUGGUUCGACCUGAAGCUUUCACUUACGGUGUGUUGGCGACGGAUAAGAUCCCUGGCCUUCUGUUGUACGGGCCUCCUGGGACAGGAAAAACCCUUCUUGCCAAGGCAGUUGCGCGCGAGAGUGGAGCAACUGUUCUGGAAGUGAGCGGUUCCGACGUGUAUGACAUGUACGUGGGUGAGGGUGAAAAGAACGUGAAAGCCAUCUUCACACUUGCCAAGAAAUUAAGCCCAUGCGUUGUGUUCAUUGACGAGGCAGAUGCCAUCUUCUGCUCUCGCACAGGCUCCAGCAGCCGGACCUCCCACCGCGAACUGAUCAACCAGUUCCUCCGCGAGUGGGAUGGAAUGAACGACCUCUCCGCAUUCAUCAUGGUCGCCACGAACCGUCCCUUUGACCUGGAUGACGCAGUCCUGCGCCGUCUGCCCCGACGACUCCUUGUCGAUCUCCCAACCGAGACAGACCGCCUCGCAAUUCUGAAAAUUCAUCUCAAAGAGGAACAACUUGAUCCAGCAGUCGACCUGGCUGACCUUGCUAAGCGCACAGAGUUGUACUCCGGCUCCGACUUGAAGAACCUCUCAGUCGCCGCAGCCCUAGCUUGCGUGCGAGAGGAAAACGAUGCCGCGGCAAAACACCAAGGCGACGAGCCCUACGAAUACCCAGCACGACGAAUCCUCACCGGUGCCCACUUUGACCGCGGAAUGGAAGAGAUCAGUGCAUCAAUCAGUGAAGACAUGUCUUCGCUGACCGCAAUUCGAAAAUUUGACGAACAAUACGGUGAUCGGAGGAGUCGGCGCCCGAAGUCUAAGGGAUGGGGCUUCGGACCUGCCGCCGAUGCACCUACCACCGAAUCCGUGCGCGUCCGAACUUGA